ACCCAGUCUGCCGUUAUUGGUAUUCUUGCUUAUCAGCUGACUGCACUCACUGCGCGCUCUUCCGCUCCUCACGUUUCUCUCAGAUCCACGGAUCCGCUGCGGCCGUGACAACCACCUACCUAAGUGACGCCGCGACAACUCUAUCUAUCCUCAAGAAGAGAGACCUGAGCUACUCUUUUCGGCGCCACCGGGAAUUCUAUCACUCGGAAAAGUGCGCCCCGCCCAUCUGUGGCCUGCCAUGGAUAUGGAUGCUUCGCAGGACAAUCUCCAUCUCGAUCUCGAUCUCAAUCUCGAUCUCGGCCCGGCUGGGCCCGAACCCUCCGACACAGGGGGUUCCUUUGGCACCAAUCCGGCCGAGGGAGAAAACGAGCCAGCAGUUCCCGCUCCUCCGGCUCCUCCCGCUCCUCCGGCACCGUCCCCGACGUCCGCAACUGCCACACCAGGCCCCAGGAAAAAGAAACCUACUCGAGGCGGUACCGACCAGGCUUCGAAACAGGCCUCGAAGAAGCGUCGAUGUGUCACCAACGCCUGCAUAGCCUGUCGCAGGCGCAAAUCGAAGUGCGACGGCGCCCUACCUAGCUGCGCCGCUUGCGCCAGCGUCUACGGCACCGAGUGUGUCUACGAUCCCAACUCGGAUCAUCGCCGCAAGGGCAUCUACCGGGACAAGGUCGACAGCAUGAAAGCAGGCACCUCCACCUUGAAGAUUCUCGUCGAGGCCAUACUGAACGCCGACGAGGACGACGUGCCCGACAUCGUCCAACGCAUGCGUACCUGCGACAGCCUCGACGCUGUCGCCGAACAGAUUCUCAGAAACGAGAUGGAAGCGGAAGCGGAAGCCGCCGCUGACGCUGACGCCAUGGACGAGGACGCGUCCUUGCAAGACGGCGGUGCCGCUGGCAGUCCUGCUGUCGAGGGCGAACGCGAUCUCGCCAGGAGGAUGGGCGAGCUCCGGCUCGAGAAGGGCGCCUUCCGCUUCUACGGCGGCACCUCUCACCUCGUCUACCUCGGAGAGCCCAUCGAACCCUCCCCCUCCCUGUCUGCCCACGGGCAUCACGAUGGGGGCGCCGAGUUGGAUGACCUUGCCUUACGAGAAGGGGAGGACGACGACCCCGACCCCAUCCUGACCUGGACCACCGUCACCAAGGACAAGGCGCUCAUCAACCACCUCAUGACCAUGUAUUUCACGUGGCACUACCCCUACUUCACCACCCUGUCGAGACACUUGUUCCAGCGGGACUACGCCAGAGGCCGCCACGCCCUGCCUGCCAAAGGCAUAGGCUUCUGCUCGUCCCUGCUCGUCCACGCCAUGCUUGCCCUGGGCUGCCACUUCACCGACGUGCCCGGCGCCUAUGCCGUCCCCGGCGACAGCGGCACCAAGGGCGACCACUUCUUCGCCGAGGCCAAGCGCCUCAUCUUCGACAACGGCGAGUACGAGAGGUCCAGGCUGACCACCGUGCAGGCCCUGGCCCUCAUGUCGGUGCGCGAAGCCGGGUGCGGCCGGGAAGCCGCCGGCUGGGUGUACUCGGGCAUGAGCUUCCGCAUGGCCCAAGACAUCGGGCUCCACUUCGACGACGCCCACACCCACGCCGCCGCCGCCGCCGCCACCACCACCACCACCAACACCACCAACACCUCCUCCUCCUCCACCACUUCCACUUCCUCCUCCGACCGGGAACACCUGGACGACGAGAUGAUCGACGCCCGCCGGAUCACCUUUUGGGGUUGCUUCCUCUUCGACAAGUGCUGGUCCAACUACCUCGGCCGCCUGCCCCAGAUCCCCAAGAACUCGUACAACGUGCCCAAGUACGACGUCUUCCCCACCGAGGACGCCGAGCCGUGGGCGCCCUACACCGACAACGGCGGCUUCGGCCAAGCCGCGGUCCAGCCGGCGAGGACCCGCGCCGUCGGCCUGCAGCUGUCCCGACUUUGCGAGAUUAGCAGCGACCUCUUGCUCUUCUUCUAUCACCCCAGCCAUAUCGGCCGGUCCAGCGGCAAGUCGGUCGAGCUGAAGAAGCUAAGUGAGCUCCACCGUCGGUUGGAAGAAUGGCGCAAGGAACUGCCGAAGGAAUUUGAGCCGAGAGAACGCCAGCUUCCGAAUGUCAUUCUAGUUCACAUGUUCUUCCACCUCCAAUAUAUCCACCUCUUCCGCCCGUUUCUCAAGUACGCCCCACACGCCUCCCCCCUGCCCCCCCACGUCUCGCCGCGCCGCAUCUGCACGGCCAACGCCGGCGCCAUCUCGAAACUCAUGCGCCUUUACAAGAGGUCGUGGGACUUACACCAGAUCUGUAACAUCGCUGUCUACAUGAUCCAUUCGGCCUGUACCAUCCACAUGCUUAACCUGCCCGAGAAGACGGCCAAGCGCGACAUCACCCACGGUGUGAAGCACCUCGAGCAGAUGGCCGAGUACUGGCCCUCCGCCCGCCGAACGCUCAGCAUCCUCAGCGUUCUCGCCCGCAAGUGGAACGUUGGCCUCCCCGAGGAAGCCGCGGCCACUCUCCAGCGCACCGACGAAACGUACGGCUGCUUCAACACGGCCGACGUCCCGAGCCCGAAGCCUCCGCUUACAGCCGGCGCGACGCCUUCGUCCGACCAGAACCAAGACCGCCGGGACGGCUCUCCGCAAGGAGGAGGAGUAGCAGUAGGAGACGGAGACGUGCUUGAUCUCAUCGCUGGGUAUGAACAGACGCGACAACCGCGCUUCCCGCAUAAACAACUGCACAGCCCGGCAACGACAGAUAUGCUGCUGGAUGACAAACCCACUCUUGCAUCAUUCAACAAUGUUCGUUUCCCGUUGUCGUCGACUUUGUCGCAGCAACAGCAGCAACAUCAGCAACAGCAGCAGCAGCACCACCACCACCACCAAUACCAACACCAGCACCAGCACCCACAGCAAUAUCAACAUCCGCACCCUCAUCACCACCACCGACAACCAGCGCAACCACUCAGCUCUGUCAGCGCUGCCCGCAUCACCACCCAUAACCUAACCGGCUGGCCCACCACGACCUACACCCAACAGCAGCAGUCACCAAACUACCACCCCUCGCAUCAUCAUCACCACCGCCCCCAGCCCCCGUCGCUCGGGGGCCCUCCUCAAGGCGGCUUCAACCCGCUAAACCAAAGCCCCCUACGAAACAUGACACCCCACCAUACGCCACAGGCCGGCGUUCCCGUCCCGGCGACGAGGCCACUCAGCCUUGUCCCUCACCAACCACGACCGCCGACACAGGCCUUCCAACCGCUAGACCAGGACUGGUUCCUCAACGACGGGGCAAAGUGGCACCAGAACUUUGAGGCCUGGGAGGUCGGCGGCGGCGGUGGUGGUGGAGGUGGUGGAGGUGGAGGAGGAGGAGGAGGGAUGCUCAGCGGCCCCGACGCGGAGCAGACGAUGCAAGGUCAAAGUCAAGGUCACGGUCAAGGUCACGGUCAAGGUCACGGUCCAGGUCCAGGCCCAGGUCCAGGUCAGGUUCAGACCCCGCAACCCCCACAGCAGCAACAAGCGCAGAACAUGUUCAUGUUCCAGAGUGGAGCACAACCAUCCGGGGAUAUGGACGGCGGGGGAUCGGGAGACGUGACGGCCUCGAAUGGUCACCGCGGCGGCGGGAUGCCGCGACAGGGGUCUGAGGAGGAUCGGGGUAGCAAUGGGGGCUUUUUCGAUUCGCUUGAUUCCCUUGGUGCUGAUGCUGCUUGGUUACCUUCCAGCCUGGACUGACCUGGGGGGGGUGGGGGGGAGGUGGACAGACGGAAUUGUGUAAGACCGUGGACGUCUUGCACUACGACGCGUUUAUGUAU